CCGGCUCCAGCGCGGAGAGCACCAGGUAGCUGGGAGGAGAGCGGACACAAGUGUGGGAAGCCGUGGAGGAUAUCAAGCUUUUGCCCGGGUCCUUCAGCUGAGCCGCUCCUCCAAGAUGAUGAGUUAUUAUAUGGACACAGCCAUCAGCAAUGCAGCUCCUUAUGCUUUGGCUCGGCCUGGAAUGAUGAAACAGGGAGUGCCCGUUCCCUGCGAGGAUCCCUGGGUGACCUGUGCCUUCCAGGCCUCCUGCUGCCAGCCCCGGCCCUGCUGCCCGCUCUGGGACGAGCCCGCCACGCAGGAGGUGCCCACCGGGCUGGAGCACUACGGCACGGACAUGGAAUGUGCAGAUGUGCCUUUAUUAACACCCAGCAGCAAAGAAAUGAUGUCCCAGGCGCUGAAAGCCACAUUCAGCGGCUUUGCCAAGGAGCAGCAGCGGCUGGGAAUUCCCAAAGACCCCCAGCAGUGGACGGAGACGCACGUGCGGGACUGGGUCAUGUGGGCAGUGAACGAGUUCAGCCUGAAGGAGGUGGAUUUCCAGAAGUUCUGCAUGAAUGGAGCUGCCCUCUGUGCCCUGGGCAAGGAGUGCUUCUUGGAGCUGGCGCCUGACUUUGUGGGAGAUAUCCUUUGGGAACAUCUGGAGAUCCUGCAGAAAGAGGAGGUGAAACCGUACCCAGCAAACGGAGUGAACACCACGUACCCCGAGUCCCGCUACACCUCAGACUACUUCAUUAGUUACGGCAUCGAGCACGCGCAGUGCGUGCCGCCCUCCGAGUUCUCGGAGCCCAGCUUCAUCACCGAGUCCUACCAGACCCUGCACCCCAUCAGCUCGGAGGAGCUGCUGUCCCUCAAGUACGAGAGCGAGUACCCCUCGGUGCUGCUGCGCGAGCCCGCCCAGGACCCGCUGCACAACGACUUCUUCCCCAUCAAGCAGGAGGUGGUGACCCCAGACAACAUGUGCAUGGGCCGUGCCAGCCGAGGUAAGCUGGGAGGUCAGGACUCCUUCGAGAGCAUAGAGAGCUAUGACAGCUGUGACCGCCUGACGCAGUCCUGGAGCAGCCAGUCCUCCUUCCAGAGCCUGCAGCGCGUCCCCUCCUAUGACAGCUUCGACUCUGAGGACUACCCUGCCACCCUGCCCAGCCACAAGCCCAAGGGCACCUUCAAGGACUAUGUGCGGGACCGGGCCGACAUGAACAAGGACAAGCCUGUCAUCCCUGCUGCUGCCCUGGCUGGCUACACAGGCAGUGGACCCAUCCAGCUGUGGCAAUUCCUGCUGGAACUGCUCACUGACAAGUCCUGUCAAUCCUUCAUCAGCUGGACGGGCGAUGGCUGGGAAUUCAAACUUUCAGACCCAGAUGAGGUGGCCCGGCGAUGGGGCAAGAGGAAAAACAAGCCCAAGAUGAACUACGAGAAGCUGAGCCGCGGGCUGCGCUAUUACUACGACAAGAACAUCAUCCACAAGACGGCGGGGAAGCGCUACGUGUACCGCUUCGUGUGCGACCUGCAGAGCCUGCUGGGCUACACCCCCGAGGAGCUGCACGCCAUGCUCGACGUCAAACCCGACGCUGAUGAGUGA